GGCGGGGAGCAGGCCGGGGGCUGCGGGGAGGGGACGCUUCCCGCGGGCGCGCGGAGUGAAGACGGUGACAGCCACGCGCGCACGUGCGUGCCCGGCUGCAGCGCGGCCCCGACACCUCCCUUGGCCGCUGAGAAGCGCGCGGGGUCUGGGCCGCCGGCGUCUAGGGGCCCCGUCCCCGGGCGUCACCAGCGUCCCCGGCCCGAGUCCCGGAGAGCCGGACCGUGCCCACCCCGUCGGUCCCCGAUCGCGAUCCCUCCCUGUGGCCGUCAGGGUCCGCCCCCCAACUCCCAUUUCGGUUCCCGGGGCAGGGUCCUCGCGGUCCAUGCUGGCCGCUGGGGGCCCGCGCCGCUCAGUCAGCUCCCGGGCCGGCCGGCCGGCCACCAUGGUGGCCCUGAGGCCUGUGAGGCUCCUCCAGGGAGGCUAAAAGGUCCAGAGCGCAGGCCUCGGGGCGCGAGGGUCCCGAACCUGAGCCCCGCGCCAUGGCCGGGGCCAUCGCUUCCCGAAUGAGCUUCAGCUCGCUCAAGAGGAAGCAGCCCAAGACGUUCACAGUGCGGAUCGUCACCAUGGACGCGGAGAUGGAGUUCAAUUGCGAGAUGAAGUGGAAGGGGAAGGACCUGUUUGACUUGGUGUGCCGGACCCUGGGGCUUCGGGAAACCUGGUUCUUUGGCCUGCAGUAUACAAUCAAGGACACCGUGGCCUGGCUCAAGAUGGACAAGAAGGUGCUGGAUCAUGACGUUUCAAAGGAAGAGCCAGUCACCUUUCACUUCCUGGCCAAAUUUUAUCCUGAGAAUGCCGAGGAGGAGCUGGUUCAGGAGAUCACGCAGCAUUUAUUCUUCUUGCAGGUAAAGAAGCAGAUUUUAGAUGAAAAGAUCUACUGCCCUCCCGAGGCUUCUGUGCUCCUGGCUUCUUACGCCGUCCAGGCCAAGUACGGUGACUACGACCCCUCUGUUCACAAGCGGGGAUUUUUGGCCCAAGAGGAAUUGCUUCCAAAAAGGGUAAUAAAUCUGUAUCAAAUGACUCCAGAAAUGUGGGAGGAAAGAAUCACAGCCUGGUACGCAGAGCACCGAGGCCGAGCCAGGGACGAAGCUGAAAUGGAAUAUUUGAAGAUAGCUCAGGACCUGGAGAUGUACGGUGUGAACUACUUUACAAUCCGGAAUAAAAAGGGCACAGAGCUGCUGCUCGGAGUGGAUGCUUUGGGGCUUCACAUUUAUGACCCUGAGAACAGAUUGACCCCCAAGAUCUCCUUCCCGUGGAACGAAAUCCGAAACAUCUCAUACAGCGACAAGGAGUUUACUAUUAAGCCAUUGGAUAAGAAAAUUGAUGUCUUCAAAUUUAACUCCUCAAAGCUUCGUGUUAAUAAGCUGAUUCUCCAGCUGUGUAUCGGGAACCACGACCUGUUCAUGAGGAGGAGGAAGGCUGAUUCUUUGGAAGUUCAGCAGAUGAAAGCUCAGGCCAGGGAGGAGAAGGCCAGAAAGCAGAUGGAGAGGCAGCGCCUCGCUCGAGAGAAGCAGAUGAGGGAGGAGGCUGAACGCACGAGGGACGAGCUGGAGAGGAGGCUGCUGCAGAUGAAGGAAGAGGCGACGAUGGCCAACGAAGCCCUGAUGCGGUCCGAGGAGACAGCCGACCUGUUGGCCGAAAAGGCCCAAAUCACUGAGGAGGAGGCGAAGCUCCUGGCACAGAAGGCGGCAGAGGCCGAACAGGAGAUGCAGCGCAUCAAGGCCACGGCCAUCCGGACGGAGGAAGAGAAGCGCCUUAUGGAGCAGAAGGUGCUGGAGGCCGAGGUGCUGGCGCUGAAGAUGGCUGAGGAGUCCGAGAGGAGGGCCAAGGAGGCAGAUCAGCUGAAGCAGGACCUGCAGGAAGCCCGCGAGGCAGAGCGAAGAGCCAAGCAGAAGCUCCUGGAAAUCACCACCAAGCCCACGUACCCGCCCAUGAACCCACUCCCAGCCCCGCUGCCUCCUGACAUACCAAGCUUCAACCUCAUUGGUGACAGCCUGUCUUUCGACUUCAAGGAUACUGACAUGAAGCGGCUUUCCAUGGAGAUAGAGAAAGAAAAGGUGGAGUAUAUGGAGAAGAGCAAGCACCUGCAGGAGCAGCUCAACGAACUCAAGACAGAGAUCGAGGCCUUGAAACUCAAAGAGAGGGAGACGGCCUUGGAUAUUCUGCACAAUGAGAACUCUGAUCAGGGCGGCACCAGCAGCAAACACAAUACCAUUAAAAAGCCUCAAGCCCAAGGCAGAAGACCUAUCUGCAUUUGAGCCCUCAAAAUUUCUUCAAGGAAAGACUGGUUCUCCUACCUCCCGCGAUCCAGGUGUACUCCUCCCCCUUGCUGUCUGUCCUCUCCUGCCUCACCUCGAGGCCGGUGUCUGACCCUGACUCAGCAGGACCCUCCGGGGCUGGUGACGCUUAAGAUAAUUACAAGGGUUUACCCACGGGUUACCAUGGGAAUGCUGAGAGGCAGUCCAGUUUGCUUCACCGGGGUUGCCGCUGCUCUGCCACUUACUAUCUCUAAAAUUCUUACCUUCUGUUAAGGGUCAGUGUCCUCACCUGUAAAAAGGGAAUAAAACAGUUCGUUCCCCCUCA